AUGAGUUUGGAUGGAGUGGAAAGGGUUUUGCAUCAGGCCAGAGGGACAGGUGGAGGGAGGAGAGAAGAAAUGGACGAAACCCCUGGCUCAAUCCGUGCUAAAGGCUUGGCUGUAAGUUUUGGCGGCCAUGCAUGGGCUGUGGAUCCAAAAUCCAUUAGUCAAAAGCUCCUUCUGCUUCUACAAAAAGAAGAAAAGCUCUGGAAACCUCGAUUGUACCACCUGGAAAAAGAUCAGUCAGAGCUCCACGUGCUCAUCUUCUGGAAGGUUUAG